AUGACCUUAGUCACUAAUAAGGUGGUGUCAACCCUGCGGAACGAUAAGAAUUUGAAGCAGGUAGGGUUGCACAUCACUCCACAAGCGUUUACAACACCGAGUGAUUGUAUAGACUUUGACACAGAAUCGCUCGAAUCACACACGGAAUCAUAUCAUAGUUCCGAAGAAGCUCGGACAGAAGCAUACCACAGUACAUCGUAUAUGGCAGGUCUGGAGACACCGAGUGAUUGUAUAGACUUUGACACAGAAUCGCUCGAAUCACACACGGAAUCAUAUCAUAGUUCCGAAGAAGAUCGGACAGAAGCAUACCACAGUACAUCGUAUAUGGCAGGUCUGGAGCAAUUAUCUAGUAAUGAUUCUCUGGAUGGGAGUGUUGAGCACGAUCAAAUCGUGACGGUGAAUGCAAGUAUACCUGAUGCCGAACCAAAGGCCAUUAAAAGUGCCUUUGUUGAAGACCCUGAUUCUGAUGCUGAAUAUGAAUCUGGUGCUAGCAUAGCAAGUUGUAGUACAGAGAUCGACUCAAGUAGCGAUACAGAGGUGGCGGACCACACAAAUAAUGAGUUCAUCGCAAAGGAAUGUUCGAGCGAUCAAACUUCGUCAGAGACGGACAAGGAAUAUUCGAGCGAGGAUAUUUCUUCAGAGAUGGAGCAUAGUUCACCCGAGGUGGCGGUACGCAGCCUGAGUGAUGCUUGUAGUAACAUCCCUGUGAAUGCAUUGGCGCCGAAAUUGAGUGCUACAAACACGCCUAAGCUUGGUAGCAUUGUACUAGUAAAGCCCAGGGCGAGCAAUGGGUUGAAAGCCGGUAGGGCUAGUCGGUUCAAUGUAGUUGUAGUGGAUGAGAGGCCCAAAAAAACGUCCCUGAAAGGGCGUGCGUUGUCCGGGAUUACAAAGAGGAAAACAACUGCGGUGAAAGCUAUACCUGCGACAGGCGCGAGUGCGUAUAAUGUAGGUUCGGAGUCGAGUGGAUGGGAUACUCAGAAUGAGGAGACAGAGGCGUGCGUCGAUGGAGACGAUUUAAAUAUCAAUCCUACUUUGGAACCUGGCAAUUUGCAGGGUUCACGUGCUCUUUCCGAUGCGAGUUUAACAAGCCUCGGAUCUGUUCGCCAAGAGGGUGCAGGUUCGAAGAAUGCACCAGCAUCAUUGGUUAGUGGCCAGCGGAGCUCGUGGUGCGUUACCGAUAGAGCAUAUCGUACCUCAUCGGAAUUUGAGGGGAAAGUGUUGGAUCUCGAUGCGCUUCCAAAUAUGUCUAAUCAGGAAAAUUUAAAGGCAGUCCAGAUGAGUGCAAGUAUGUACAGUCUGGACAUAAAUAGCUCUGCUGUUGGUCCGACCUCGAUGGAGCGUAUAAAAAGCGGGCGAUUCACACUAACAAGUUUGGGGUCAAAUUCCUGUGAGUCGUUGUCUUUAGCAAGGGAAAAACAAUGGGCGCAAUCUACACCCGACUUGUACGAGAAAAGUUCCGACGUAACAGAACAAGCGUACAACAACACCAGCGCGCCUAACAUUGCUGACGAAGCAUCACCAACGCACUUCUCAUCUUCACCUAAACCGACUCGCCCCCAUGCGAAUAAUCGGUUCACAGCGUGCGCUGCCAGCGCUAACGUCUCACCUGUACGCACAUCGAAGACGAAUAACAAGUCUCUGGGCCGUUUUAUUGUACGCACGAGGUCAGAUAGUGUGCCCAGGAUUCGCACGCCGGUGCCUCCUAUGCACAACUCUCAAAUGCCCAGCCCAAGAUCCAACAGUGAACAGUAUCCCCCCGGACGGAUGAGUUUGCUAGGGAGUGCACAUGGUGCACAUUAUCGGAGGAAACAUAGUGUCUUUGCAGAGCCGGAUGGACAUAAUGUGGGUGUUAUUUCGGGAACCAACUACUCGACUCGUAGGUCGUUCUCAGCUUCUGAACAGGCUACUGUUGUGCGCAAAAUUCCCUCAGCUGAUAGCGGAGUGACGCUCACGCACGCUUCUCACAGUAUUAAAGAUCCAACGAGUGCGAACGCCAUUACGAGCAUAUAUCCGGAGCAGAUAGCACCUGGUAUGAAUCUGAAUGCCAGCGCAGCCAAUGUCUACGGGCACAAUAGCGGGACGCAUAACGGUGCGGAUACUUCUCUGACUCCGGUGUCUCUAGCAAUGUUGCCUAGCAAGUCCCCUUUGGGCAUCAGACACAGGCCGAGUGCCCCCAUGAUUACACAGCAAGUGGUGCACACUGAGACGUACGCACAGGGACCUGUGCGUAUACGAGCGAUGAAGGCGCAUCAAGCCGAAGCCAAUUAUCUCGCACAGUCACACGUGCAAGGCGAAGACACGUCUAUCUCAUCCCAGACUCAGAGUGCGAAUCGUGUGAACGGUACAGGGGGUAGUCGGAAAUACUCUCAGCCGAGCGUAUAUCAGCAGAGCGGGUCGCCACAGUAUGGUGCACCAGAUAUGCCGAUCGCGAGAAGUCAAUCGGAAUCGUUCGCUGAACAACUGUCUAUGCAGCUUGGUCAGCAACCAACAGGACAACAGUUACUCACACGCACGCAUACCAUCACCCAGGGUCAUGUAGCGGCAAACCCUGAGAGGGUGGAGAUGAUGAACGCUGCCACGGCGCAGACGAACUCAAUGUUGCAGGAUAUGAUGGGCAUGAUGACGAAUAUGAAGACGUUGAUGGUCGAGCAGGAAGUCAAGGCGGAGAUGCGCGUGCGGAAAAUCAAAGAGGAAUUGACGCAGCAAAUGCACCAGCAACACGUGGAGGCGUGUGCGAGGAUACAGGCGUUGGAGGAAGCGUGCAGAGCGAGGGAAAGUGCGGUACAACUGCUGAUGCGCGAGAAGAAACGGAACUUUGAGGCCAGCGAGGAUGCCUGUCAGGAUUCGAUGUUGGACACCAUUGCCAUGCAGGGGUAUGACAUCGACUGUCUGAGAGCUGAGAACUCGAGAUUGAGGGCGUCGGCCAAAUGUGUGUGA